CACAGAGAAUUAAUCACCCAAAAACUGUCCGUCUUUAAUCUCCCUAUAAAACUUCUCUCCAUAUAUACCAUUCUUGAUUCUCCACAACUUGAGAAUUCUCCACUGAAAAGACCAAAGGAAAAACUCGCGGGAAAAGUUUCAGAGAUCUGCAAUUGUUGAAAAUGGCGCACGAGAACGAUAUGGAUCUGAAGGCAACUGAAUUGAGAUUAGGGUUACCGGGGACAUCAGACCGGGAUAUUUUGAAGAGUAAUAACAAGAGAUCUUCAAAUGAAAUGGAUAAUUCAUGUUCAACUGCUCCAAAGGCACAAGUUGUAGGGUGGCCACCGGUGAGAUCUUACCGGAAAAAUGUUCUACAGCAACAGCAGAAGAGUUCCGAUUCCGAUAUGCUUGGAAUGUAUGUGAAAGUGAGUAUGGAUGGAGCUCCUUAUUUGAGGAAGAUUGAUAUUAAGGUUUUCAAGAACUACCCAGAUCUACUCAUGGCCGUGGAGAACUUGUUCAAAUGCUCUAUGGGUGUGUACUCAGAGAGAGAUGGGUACAUUAAUGGAUCUGAAUAUGCACCAACUUAUGAAGACAAAGAUGGGGAUUGGAUGUUGGUGGGAGAUGUUCCAUGGGAUAUGUUCGUUAUUUCUUGCAAAAGGCUUAGAAUAAUGAAAGGAUCUGAAGCUAAAGGACUUGGGCGCCCGUAAAACCUAUUGCAAAUUGCAUACAAAUUGUUCAGCUUUGGUACUCCAAGAACCGAUAUGGAUCGACUACACGAUUCAUUACAAUGCCGAGUACUUUUAUCGUGCGUGUCAAUAAAGGUUACGACAUGAAGAUUCAAAGAUUUGCAAUUGGAUCGAGCAUAUGUAACAGGCCAGCAACCAAGAAUUGCAUUGACUGGAGCUAUAACUACCUGUAUUUGUGAGAGAGAUUUAUUAUUAUUAUUAUUAUUAUUAUUAUUAUUAUUAUUUUUUACAUCUCUUAGAAAAUUUGUCGUGUAUUGUAUAAGUAAACAUGAUACUAGUGAAUAGUGUGUGUAAUUAUUUUUGAAUUUGAAACUAAAGAACCUGAAAGCCAAGAGUCUCCUUUCA